AUGAGCAACACGCGCCGUGCCAACAGGUACGAGGUACAAGAAACCGGCGAGGAAGCAUCUAGCACAACAGUAUUCAUUCUACUCAUCGAUUUCGUCUCACCGGUGUCAUCUGACGUGCUCAUAUCUUCUCUCUCUAUGCCUGUCCCAUCUGUCGGGAUGGAUUCGAAAGCAAGACACAGGGCCCGAGAAAUUCUCUGGGCAACAUAUCGGCAAGUCGAAUAUUGCCAAUCUAUCUUCCUCUCAUCCACCGAGUUGCAGGCUUUCGGCGUUGAGGCAUAUCAAGUAGACAUCACAGACGAAGGUGUUCUACAAUUUGAGCCUCGUUUCUUUGAUCCCCAUCCAGCAGGGGUCCUUCAAAAAUAUCCAAUCAAUGCUUCCGCAAACAACCGGAAUUACGGUCGGUUAGAAUGCGUUCCUACGCUCCAAGACGCCAUCAACACGGUACAAGAGAGCCUCCCUGUCUCGGAAGACCCUCUUAAAGUGGCUCAGAAUUUGCUUGAGGAGAGACUUAAAGAAUACCACUUCUGGGAUGACUCUCACGCUAGUUGGACCGAAAGUCAUAUCAGACCCGAGCUCAGGGCGAUACGAGAGGGCGGACCUCCAUUUCUUUUGCCUUUACGAUCUCGCCUCAUGGGAGUUGAUACUCAAAACAUACGGGAACCCUCCUAUGUAUGA